UUAGAAGUGCAUGCAGCACAUAUUAUAUUGCCGCAACAAAUAGCUCUUACAACACACUCACCCACAACACACCAAGGUAUUGCUCAUGACUUCCACAGCUGUUCGAUCGGAAAAAUCCUCCACAAGGCACGUUACGUUGAACGGGCCCAAUGGCGACCCGAUCAAUCUCUGUUUGUCGGAUCACGAUUCCUUCCGCCUCCACUACCGAAAUGGUUCCUUGGUCAUGGAGAUUCCGUUUGCUGGAACCGAAAUUGAGUGGAUGAAACUACCAGAAGAUAUGGAUCUUGACUUGCGGAAAAAUCCACUGGGAGAUCAGGGGGCCGUGGCACUGGCUCAGGCCGUUCAGGACGUCGGAAUCAGAAGUCUCGACUUUACCUGCUUCGAUGAUCGCUGCAAGAUCACAGACCAAGGUGGUUUAGCCGUCGCAGAAGCCCUGCGAGGAGAGACGACAAGGCUGCAGGAACUCUGUUUCUCGCUGAACGCCAUCACGGACGGGACCAGGGUCUCCUUGGCCAAAGCCUUGAUAAAAAACUCAUCUCUACGCAAUCUCGACCUGUCUUCAUGCUACAAAAUCACCAAAGCAAAGGGAGCCAUUGAGUUGGCCGGUGCGCUCAAAGUGAAUACGACCCUCAGGCGCCUCGACCUUAGCAGCAACACAGUUGGCAAUGACGGUGCCAGUGCUUUGGCAGAGGCACUCAUGGUCAACAAUUCUCUCACCAACCUCAAUCUAAGUGGCUGUGGGAUUGGAAACUUGGGAGUCGUUCGGCUCGCGGGGGCUCUGAGGCACAACAAUACGCUAGGCUACCUGAGUUUGAGUGAUCAGGAUAUUGGAGUCCCUGGAGGGAUCUUUUUAGCCGAAGCCUUGAAAGUCAAUGCCGAACUUGAAGAACUAUGUCUAAGUGCAUGCAAGAUAGGCGACGAGGGCGCCGUGGCUUUGGCGGAUGCCCUCAAGACUAACAAGAAGCUUCGACUUCUCCAUCUUCAUUCAAAUGGAAUUACAGACAGUGGAGCCUCCGCAUUGGGGAGUGCGUUGAAAUACAACUCUGCUCUUGAAAAGCUGGAGCUUGGUUUGAACCGGAUAGGGGAGGCUGGGGCCAUCAGUCUGGCCGGUGGUAUCAAGGCAAACACCUCUCUCCAAUCGCUGGGUCUCUGCCAUAACCAGGCGGUUUUCCCGAUCGGCAACGUCGGUGCGGCUGCGCUUGCCUCGGCCCUGCUCGUGAAUCGAUCGCUACGAGAGCUUACGAUGGGCCACGUCUCUGUGGGAGACUUUGGGGUCCUUCAAUUAGCGCAGGCUCUCCGGACGAAUGGCUCCUUGACGAGCUUAAAUGUAAACGGCGCUGACAAACUGAGCGGCGAAGCAAUGUUCGCUCUGUCACAGGCGCUCGCGCAGAACGCCGCGUUGUGCGGCCUGGUGCUGAACCAUAAGACGAGAAUGGAUUCUAACUUCUAUCCACAAAUCAAGAAGUGCCUGGAGCAAAACAAAAAGCGACAAGAGUUCAGGGAUCUGCUUCAGAAAUGGUUGGCUGCCGCAGACGAUGAAACACAACGCAAAAGGAUAUUCCUCACGGAGAUGGUGGCGGCGAAAGAUGCAUGCGCCAACCAGGAUCUCCGGUUGGAAUUCGUAUACCUGCUGCUUCGAUCAAGCCCGAACUCUUUCUGUGAGCGCCUUUGACCUUCCUUGGAUAAUAGUCUUGCUUCAGCUUGAUUUGAGAAAACAGCAUAAUGGACAUGUGGUUGGGUUUAAUAAAGAAAACGGCUACAGUAUAAUAUAUUAGUUGUUGGUAUGGAUCACGUCUCCUUUGCUGUAGCUGUUGUUUGCUGGCCGUGGGCUCGACCGCCAUGCCGCUUCCCCCUGUCUUUGCGUUGGUGGAUGCGGUUGGUCUGUUUGUGUUUGUGUGAUUACGCAAAUGAGAGCAAUGGUGCGGAUUAGCGAAUGGGCAGAGUGGAUGGCGUGGCUUGUGCCAGGCUGUACUCUAGCAUUCCUAGAACAGAGAAGCGUCAUUCCUGUAGCCGUAGUAGUCAUCGUUGGACCACAUAACUGGGUUAAUUUCCUCUUGAGCUGGCUCUGGGUAGAAGGUGUCAGGAUUAUCCAAUCUUCGAUUCACUUCUUCUGACAUGGCCUGCAGGUUUGUGGCAAGUUGCUGUUUCUGUUGAUCCAUCUGGGAAGAUUCGCUUUCGGCGUAGUUGGGUUGCUCCAUUUGCCCAGCACCGCUGUCGAAAGAUGGAGCUUGUCCCUGAGCUUCGGUCGCCCAAGAACUCUCUGCAGUUGAAGGAUUAUAGAACUCCGACGCUUGUGGCUCUUGUGCUUGCUGCAUCGUCUCACCGUAAUCGUAGGAGCCUUGUGGCUCUUGUGCUUGCUGCAUCGUCUCUCCGUAAU